AUGAACAUCGAGGUUGGGAACAUUUCUUAUACGGGAGCCAUCAUUUCCUGGUCGUCCUCGGAGCCCUGCCUGGAGGACUAUUACCAUAUUAUGUACAGGCCCAACUGGAACAGCAUCUUCUCUGGCUAUCUUCGCUACAGCUUCCAGCACGAGGAGAAGGUGCCUAAAACCGUCAGCAAGGUGGUGUUGGACCACCUCACCCCUUCCACUUUCUACUUCGUGUGCGUCAGCUGCAAGAAGAUUACCUUCCCCUACAGGCACUACUGCACCAUGUUCCACACCCUGGAUAAGAGUCCGCUGUCUGCUGGAAGGCCCCUGGUGGACCCCCAAAUCUCCCUGUGGGUCCUGCUGGCCAUUCUGAUGGCCUGCUUCACGGCUGUCUUAGCGUUCAUCUGCCUCCAGUUCUGGUGCGUCCGCUGCCAUGAGCCUCGCUGGUCUUACAGAGCCGGCCACACGGAGGAAGCCAAUGGGUUGGUGAGGUGGCCAGAGGAAGCCCAGGUGCUGGGCCUGAGGGAGGAAGACCAGCAGCGGCUCCCCCUGGUGGAAAUGCCACGCGAGGAUUCCGGAGCUGGAACAGAACCCGACCCGGAAGCCGACCAGGCUGCCUCAGAUGCUGGUGAAGAUCAACCUGCCAUUCCGCCUCAUUUUGAGAAGUGAGAGGUGGGGAGGAGGCACCCCUCACCGUGUAGCAUGAAGCCCUCCACAGAGUAGUUCCUUUGUAAAAAUGUGUCUGUAGACAACCCAUGCCUCCCCUCAAAUGCCAGUGUUCAUGUGGACCACCUGGGUGCACAGAUGCCCUGUGACAAAGCUUCUCAGGCCGGAGGACAGGUACCCCCAUGGUGUGCUAAGGCAGACACGUGGCAUCGCUCAGGAGCGUCCAUUUGAACGGGGGCGCUUAGAAAUGUUAAAAGUUAUUUUGAUAUUUAAGCAAACAUGAAUAUAUCAU